AUGGACCGCUACCAGUCCCCCACGGACCGCUACCAGUCCCCCAUGGACCGCUACCAGUCCCCCAUGGACCGCUACCAGUCCCCCAUGGACCGCUACCAGUCCCCCAUGGACCGCUACCAGUCCCCCAUGGACCGCUACCAGUCCCCCAUGGACCGCUACCAGUCCCCCAUGGACCGCUACCAGUCCCCCACGGACCGCUACCAGUCCCCCACGGACCGCUACCAGUCCCCAUGGACCGCUACCAGUCCCCCAUGGACCGCUACCAGUCCCCCAUGGACCGCUACCAGUCCCCCACGGACCGCUACCAGUCCCCCACGGACCGCUACCAGUCCCCCACGGACCGCUACCAGUCCCCCAUGGACCGCUACCAGUCCCCACGGACCGCUACCAGUCCCCCACGGACCGCUACCAGUCCCCCAUGGACCGCUACCAGUCCCCACGGACCGCUACCAGUCCCCACGGACCACUAAUGGUCCUUCCUCUUCGUACCCUAACUUCCUCACAUCCCACAUUCGUACCUCUCCCAUUCCUUUCCUGUUCUUGUCCGUCUCCUCCCUUCCACUUCAUUCUCCCUUAAGUUAG